AUGGUUGCAUUGACCGUGAGGCUAUCGUCUCGCAUUCCGCGCGCCAUACAUACAUCUGCUAUCCACCUCAACAACCGGAGCGGAGGAAACGGCGCCAAACCGGCCGAGGACACGACAGAUCACAAUGACGAGGUCGAGAACCAACCAGGCACGGAAACAUCCGGUGGGCGCUGGAGAGGGCACGCGACGGCCUCGAUAAGAACCCGCUAUCAACGGAGGAGGCAAGCCUCUGCUCUGCCGCCUGUCGAACUGCCUCCAAGCUUCCUCCGUAAUAACGUAACCCUUCACGCCUCUCAGGAGCAACCGCGCCUACCCAUUGCGCUGGCGGAAGACGCAAGACAUCCAAAGCUAUCUCCACUAUCUCUCGACCAAGGCCCGUCCCCGCGACUAAGACUCUAUUUCGAGGCGGCGUUGAGACGUCUCUUAGCCCGAGGUCGCGACCUCGCCCUUGACCUGGAAAACUCUCGUUUGAACAAGGACGAUCGAAGAUGGAGUUCUCCAGAGACGGUAGCGCGAGCGGUGCGGGUUUGGGAUAUGGCGCUUGACUCGGCCACGCAUAUGAUCAAUGCAAUACAUCCCAUCCGGCAAUCUGAACACUUCUACAAAGUGCGGCCCUUUUGGUGGUCACAGGUUCCCAGAAUCCUCAACAUUGGUCUCCCUGGCCAUCAUGACCAGUUCCCAUCCCUGGUGGCCCCUUUGAGUGAUCAGCUCAGCUUUGCUGAACAAUACGACUAUCCCUUGGCCCAUAUCAUCGCCGACCUUCCCGUUGAAACAUUUAUUGCUCUGCGAAAGUCAAUCAAUCGCGAGCUGUUCGCGUCUCCUCCACCAACGUUCGAUCAUAAAACGAGCAAAAGGCCAAUAACGAUUCUUGCAUUGUCGGGUUUCGGUGGGAGGUCUAUUACGGAAGCGAUUGGACAGCAUUUUGCACACUCCAUGGGCGCAGACCUAAUCUACUUGGAUGCGUACGAUGUUUCAGAGGUCGUGGGAGGAUACCUGGGUCAGAACUGGGCUUACUCGCGUGGUCCUCUCGCGAUGUUGGGUUUCAGAGCAGCCGAGCUUAAUGGCAAGACAGCGGGCGGUCGUGAUGAGAGGCCCCUCGAGGGCCAGGAUGAUGACGAGAUCGAUACGGAUGUCGGAAUCUCUGCGAGUAAUACGAGUCCGUCGACUGUCGUGGAAGAGCUCCAGAAAUUACGCCAAGGAGAGUAUGAAAGCUUCAGCAAGUGGGAAAACCUCAAGAUCGAUAAGAUGCUGGAACAGAUCAUUAGGUCCACCAAUUCCGAAUCCUCCGAAUCACACACGCGACCAGUCCUGAUCCAUCUUCAUGACAUCAUUGAGCUGAGCAUGACAAUAGAAGGGUCUCUGCUGAUCAAUCGUCUCCGAGCCCUCACUGACGUUGCCUGGCAACAAGGCUUACCUAUUGCUAUACUGGGGACCUCAUCGUGUGAGCAACAGUCAGAAGAGUACCAGAAUGCGAUCAGGGAAUUUGCCGUCAACGACUUUGUCGUCACCCGCCAUGUUCAGCCCGACUACGUUGAACGAUACACCGCACUGAAGGGACACGCUCCAACUCAUGCGAAUUUCCAUCUGCAAAAGGCAGACUAUCUUGUUGAAAAUGUCAGCAACAUCACUCGCAUGCUGAGAGCUUUGGAUCAAGAGACGCCGCAAAUGCCUGGCAUGUCACUGGAUUCCAUCUUGAGCUAUCUGCGUUCAUCUGAUCUGGAGCUUUCCAUCUUGCAGAACUCUAUUCUUCCAGCACCAGAAAUCUACCACUUGGCGUGUGCUUUCAAGUCGCAAGAAGGCGAAGCUGCUAUCAAUAAUAUCCCGGCCGUUUUAGAAGAGCGCAUCACCCUUGGACCUCUCCAACAAUGGCAGGGCCAUAAUCUCUUCGGCGAAGACCGCGGUGAGGGAGAUGCUCUCAGUGGGAUCUCCACAGCUGGGGAGGACCCCCAUACAUUGGAGGCGCGUGCUACCCCAAAGUUGAACGAAUACGAGAAGCGAAUUGCUUCCGGUCAGGUCAACCGAGAAAACCUUCGGAUUACGUUUGCAGACGUUCAUGCCCCGCCUGAGACAAUAUCUGCCCUGAGGCUUCUGACUUCACUCUCCCUCUUGCGACCGGACGCAUUUUCCUACGGCGUAUUGGCACAAGACAAAAUCAAUGGCUGUCUGCUGUAUGGCCCCCCGGGAACAGGUAAAACCAUGUUGGCCAAGGCGGUUGCUAAGGAGAGCGGCGCGAAUAUGCUUGAAAUCAGCGGCGCGUCAAUCAAUGACAAAUGGGUCGGUGAAAGUGAGAAACUCAUUCGCGCUGUCUUCACCCUGGCUAAGAAAUUGACGCCGUGUGUGGUGUUCAUUGAUGAGGCGGAUUCAUUAUUGGCCAGUCGGAGUAUGUUUACCAAUCGGGCGUCUCAUCGUGAACAUAUCAACCAGUUCCUCAAGGAAUGGGAUGGGAUGGAAGAGACCAACGCUUUCAUAAUGGUUGCCACCAAUCGACCCUUUGACUUGGACGAUGCCGUCUUGCGGCGGUUACCCCGAAAAAUCCACGUCGACCUUCCUCUCGAGAAAGAUCGCUUGGCAAUCCUCAAAUUGCUGCUCAAAGGCGAGACUUUGGACGAGUCCGUGUCGCUGGAUGAGUACGCACAGCGAACGCCGUAUUACUCAGGCUCAGACCUCAAGAACAUGUGUGUCGCAGCAGCAAUGGCUGCUGUUGAAGAAGAAAACGAGGCUGCGGCGAAACACGAUGGUCCACACCCUUUCCAGUAUCCCGAGCGACGAAUCCUCCGCAAGUCUCACUUUGAGAAAGCUUUGAAGAGCAUCCCUGCGAGCAUCAGCGAGGACAUGCCAUCUCUGAAGCUAAUCCGCAAAUUCGACGAGGAGUACGGUAACAGGAAAAGAAGCGCCACUAAGUCGAGCAUGGGCUUUGGUUUAGUUGAAGACAAACACCAUAUCAAAUAA